AUGCACCACGCAGGCGAAACCACAAGCAAAGAUAGGAAGGAUAAAUGCAAGGAUACAAAAGGCGGGGAAGCUAACAAGUCUGAGGAUGAUCUGAUAAACGCGGAUAACGGCGAAGACGAAAUGAAAGUCAGUAGUGCCGAAGACACUACUGACAGUACCAACAAGAAUAGCACCACUGCGCCCAACAACAACAGUAACAACAGCCGCAACAUUGGACAGGGGGAUCGGGCAGAUAACAACGACGACAACACCACCACCACCACCCACAACAACAACAAUGACAACAAGAACGCUGGUACCCACAGUCAGUACAACAGCCAAGACGAUGAUACACGCUCUGUAGGCACCAACCCGUCUAUAGACUUUAGCGCACUCAGCAUCAACAGCCCCGGGCCGGCUCCCGGCACAGGCAGAGACUCUCCCGGUGCAGGUAGCUUACCUGAGGGUGGCGUAAGUCUCAAUGCGGCUGCUCGACUGGCUAUGAAAGAGAUGUACGAGUCCAGUACAGGUUCUUUGCCUUCGUCGCCGUUGGCGGCACGGCAUGGACAGGCGUUUACGGAGACGGGCUCCACGGGAUCGGUCGGUACGAUGGGGGGGGCGGUUGCGAGCGGGAGUUGGGGUGCAGUUGUCUCCGCUGGUGGCACAAUAUGGACAGCCGUUUACGAAAAGAGCUAA